AUGACUGAUGAGCCUGAGUCCCGGCAGAUCCUGAACGUCCUGGAGGAGCUGCAGCUGGCAAACAACACCCUCGUCUACUUCUCGUCGGACCAGGGGGCCCACGUGGAGGAAGUGACCGCCAGAGGGGAAAUGCACGGGGGCAGUAACGGGAUCUACAAAGGAGGAAAAGGCAACAACUGGGAAGGCGGCAUCCGCGUGCCGGGCCUGCUGCGCUGGCCGGGCGUGCUGGAGGCCGGGCUGGAGGUGGACGCGCCCACCAGCAACAUGGACGUCUUCCCCACGGUGGCCACGCUCGCCGGGGCCGAGCUGCCUCAGGACAGGGUCAUCGACGGCCGGGACCUGAUGCCGCUGCUUCGGAGCCGAAGCCGGCACUCGGAGCACGAGUUCCUGUUCCACUACUGCAACUUCUACCUGAACGCCGUGCGCUGGCACCCGCGCAACAGCUCGUCCAUCUGGAAGGCCUUUUUCUUCACGCCCAACUUCACGCCCGAGGGCGCCAACGGCUGCUUCCUCACCCACGUGUGCUUCUGCUACGGGCGCUUCGUCACCCGCCACGAGCCGCCGCUGCUCUUCGACCUGUCCAAGGACCCCCGGGAGACGAGCCCCGUGACCCCGAGCAGCGAGCCCCGCUUCUGGGAAAUCCUGGACACCAUGCAGCAGGCGGCGGAGCACCACGUGCGCACCGUGCAGGCGGUGCCCGACCAGCUGUCCCUGCAGAACGUGCUGUGGAAGCCGUGGCUGCAGAUGUGCUGCGCCUCGUCCUCCCGCCUGUCGUGCCGCUGUCGCCCGGAGGAGCAGGACCUGGGAGGGAGCGCGUAGCCGCUGCGUGCGCGCGUGCGCCUGGGAGGUGCGC